GACAUAAAAGGUUUCCAAGUGGGUUAAAGGCAAUACCAUAGUGAAGAAUGCAACCCUUUGUCGACCGAGCUGAUUUGAACAAGACCACUUUCACCGCGCGAAUUUAUUAUUCGAAUCAUCCGAUCUGCUCCUGAUUGGCUGUCUUUGAAUACUAUCCAUGACCCAAUCAUCAAAAGCUUUAAUUGAUGUUUAGAGCCUUAGCUGAAGAAACGAUCAAGGCGUCUUGGGUGAGGUAGAAUAGGAGAUCUACCGUUAGGAACACCGCAUCAAGCACAGAAAUGGAAGGCACAAAGGGAAAAACCAAGAACGAUUCUUCAGUGCCUCUUUCGUCUAAAGCUUCAGCAUUCUCCAUAGCAUCAUUGAUGUCUUCUAACGGUGGCGAAGGGUCAGACGCAGAAGAAACUCAAAAUGAAUGCUCAAACCCAGAAGAGGAAGAACUCGAAGAGUUUUCUUCGGCUUCUUCGCCCAAGAGAUUUAAGCCAUCGCAGCCCGGACAAGAAUCUUAUGGACCAGAAGAAAGCGAAAGUCAGACAUCAGACUGUUUAGGGAAGUUUAAAAUGUCUUCCUCGCCUGAGGAACUCAAGGACGUAAAGAUUUCCCUUGAGGGUAGAGAGUUGUGGGAAAGGUUCAAUGAAUUAGGCACAGAGAUGAUCAUAACCAAAUCCGGCAGACGAAUGUUCCCGACUUUACGAGUAUCAGUAAGCGGUGUCCAACCUAAAGCUAACUAUCUGGUGCUCAUGGACAUCGUGCCUGUUGAUGACAAGAGAUACCGAUAYGCCUAUCACCGAUCCACGUGGUUAGUAGCAGGCAARGCAGACCCCCCUGCCCAGGUUCGUCUUUACAUGCAUCCUGACUCACCCUUUACGGGGGAACAGCUUCAAAAACAAAUCGUUUCCUUCGAGAAAGUCAAGCUCACCAAUAACAACACAGAUCACAAUGGACAUUUGGUUUUGAACUCAAUGCACAAGUACGUUCCUCGCGUUCACAUCAUAAAGAAACGASAUCACACCGCGUCAGUCAUCAACCUCAACUCAGAAGAAAUGAAAACCUUCACUUUUGCGCAGACGACAUUCUUAGCUGUAACUGCUUACCAAAAUCAACUUAUUACAAGAUUAAAAAUCGAUAGUAACCCUUUUGCGAAAGGAUUUAGGGAUACACUACGAAUAUUACCGAUACAAAGGCAUCCUUAUAGCCUUCAGCCUGUCUUACGUAGCCCGGUAUACGUACCAAUAGCUUCACCAACAUUUAUAUCAUCACACAGCUCCCUACAUAACAAUAUACCAAACUGUUCAAAGGGAGAGUCUGAAAGAUCAUCUUGUCCAGCUUGCAAUACUGGCUCGAUAAUACAUGACGGUUCUCUCUUUCCUGCUUCAUCUACUUCGUCGAUAGGAGUGACACCCUGUUCUCAGCAUAGCCUUAUACAGUAUUCAUAUCCUACUAAUCUUCCCUAUAGUCAACAAUUCCGCAAACCUCAUUCACCACUCUCUCCACAGUUCUGCUCGCAAAUGCCUCACUGAUGAUGAGUCCAUCUGGAUCAUUAAAGGAUUUGUUUUGUAAAAUUUGGACCUUUCACUGUCAACAGACUAAGAGUAAUGCGUCGGGAGUUUUAGACCUGUACCUUGGAUUGUGACACCGUAGAUAAGGAAUAGACUAGGACGUCUUCUGCUAAUUUGCGCUCUCGUCACUCACCUUGUUCUGCACUGAAAGGAUUCACCUCGAUCCAAGAAAGGUCUUACAAAGUCCUUUCAUUUCCCCGUUAUAUCAAAAGAACAAAAUCUGGAAAACAAACCUUGCUCAGUGCGACACUCAUAAAUCGCCUCCUUCUGCACGCAAAGGAUUCACCUCCAACAAAGGCCCCGCAGUUAAAGUCCUUUCAUUUUGGUCGUAUCAAAAGAAACAAGAUCUGGAAAACAAACCUUGCACAAUGCGUCACUCUCACAUUAAACUCAAUCACUUUAUUCUGCACUGAUAUAAUUUUUGAGUAUUUGACGAACUGAACUGCUGAGUUCAUUAUACUCUUGCGCACGGACACCAAGACAAAACCUGCCCACUUACAUUACUGUUCCUCUUUUCAAUAUGGAGGAAGGUUCGUUGGAAAAUUGUCCUCUCCUUCUCCGUACUUUUCACGGCGAACACCAAAAUACUGAUGAUAAUAAGUCCAUCCAUCUUAAUAAAAAAGAGACAUCUUAACACAGGUUCUGGAAAAGGUCCCACGCGGGCUCAAUUUGUUAGAGAUUUGAAGGCGUCAACACAACUGCAGGCAGCCUAUCCGUUCUGUAGCAGUCAAUUUUAUUGAAAGGCUUAAAAAAGCGUCAUAAUUUAUUUCUAUAUAUUGUAAAUAGAGAAUUUUUUUUUAUAAAAAAGUAUAAUUAAUAUAUGUGUAAAUUAAAAACCAUGCCUCGAUCA